UUUUUCAUCUCUUAGAAGUGUAUUUUUUUCAGAGAAAAUGUCUCGGAAUUUCUGGAAUUUUCUGAAAUCCUCUCUAAAAGGUGGUAAACCAGAAAAUGAAAUAAAACCGGUUCUUCAAUCUACUGAUAAAAUUCAUCCAGAAACAGGUUCAGACAACCCUGGUAUCCGGGUCAAACAGCUGAUACAAGAACCUUCAAUUCUUAAGAAGGUGUAUCCUCAUAUACCGCUAAUACGGUUUCGUAAGCAUCAAACAUUAACUUCUUUACCCGUCAAUGCUGCCUUGUUAGAGAAUUCUCAACAAAUGGAUAAAAGAAAUAAUCAUGGUGCUCUUGAAUGGAACGAACUGCCAGCCAAAUACCGACGCCGAGAAAUCGAUCAAUUAGAAUGUGACGUCAUCAAUAAUGGCGGAGCUGAUCGACCAUGGCAGUAGUUCGUUUGUUAGAAACGUUUAGUCAAAUUAGAAUUUUAAUUUUUAUCGACAUUAGCUAUUUUCUUAAACCUUAAAUUUUGUGUCAAAGGCUCAGAUGUCGGAAAUUUGACCUGCUUGAUCUCGAUAUCCAUUAAUAGUUAGUACUUCUAGAUAUGAUGCUGUGUUAGACAUUUAGUUUUUAAGAUUUGGAAGUUCAGAAAAUUUAGAUCUGUUUUUACCUUUUGUUAGUUGACAAAUUUAACUUAUUUUUGCUGCCCAUACUGCCAUUUGGAAAUAACAUUAUUAUUAUUUUGUAGAUACUGUUCGACAAAUGUAUUUACAGUUUGCUCAGUUAUUUUUGUCAAAAAAAAUGUAUAUGUGAAUUUUAGACCUUAUGCCGCCUUUCAUUUUGUUGAGUUAAAUUUUUUAUUUUUAUUUAUUUAUUUAUUUUUUUAUUUGUUUAUUUAUUUAUUUGUUUUUAGAGCUUUUAAUCUGUUCCAUUUAGAUACAUGAUAUAAAUGCUUAUUCGGAUUCAUCUUUGAAAAAAUAGUUUUAUUGUUUCUUGGUUUGUUUCCUUUUUUGUUUCGUCUUCCUCAAUCAGCCUUGUACAUUUAAGUCUUUUCGGACCCUAUUACAUUGUUAACAUAUUGAAUAUUGAUUACUGAAAUCAUGUCAAAUUUUCGCCUUUUAAGCUGAAAGCUUUUAACGAAAUUUUAAAAAAAAUGAAAAUUUUACGUUUUACAUCAUUUUCUUGGACAUCUUUUUGUUUAAUUCAGAUUUGAAAUCUUAAAAUGGAGAGAUUUAACCAAGUUAAGGCGAAAUAACAAACCAGAAAAAUUUAUCUUCAUAAAGUUUUUGGUAGGUUUUGUGAUCUACCUGAUUCAAUUUUAAAACAUUUAUGUAUCAUAAUAUUUUCAAAAGCGAAAUUUUGUGCACGAAACGGAACAAUAUUUUGUUUAUGGUCGUUAUUUUAUUGCUAAAAAACCAUUUCAAUAUUUUCUUUAAUUGUUGUUUAUAUUCUUUCAUUCCGCUUAACUGCAAUAUUUAGUAAAUACGUAUUUUACCAAUUCUGUUCUUAAUCUACAUUUUUAUUUAUUUU